UGCAAAUUAGCGCUUUUUCCGCCUUCCGAAAAAGGACUCUAACAAACGGGGUCAGCUCACCCACCCACCAACCAUGAUGUGCAAAUUUGUUCUGGCUGUGGUUUGUCUCGCCGGACUCUCUGCCGCCCAGGGAGUGGCUAGUAUAGGCGGAAAUUGCCAAAAGGGAUGCAUCUUCGCGUGCAACUUAGCGAGCGCAGCAUGCGUGGAUCUGCCGCCAUUCCUGAACUGCGCUGUCACCCGAGCUGCCUGUACCGACCUGUGCAGCGCCACUUGCACUUGCUUCGCCGGCUGUGUAAGCCAGUGCUCCCAGAUAUCGAAAGGGUGCCAAUCUGGACUCAUGCAGCUUUUAAGCCCAGCGAGUACCCUUUUCUGCAAAGCGCAGUCCUUUUUGUGCGUGCCUUCCUGCCCUGCCCAAUGUUCCGUCACGUUUAUCACUGAGAGCUACCCCAAGUUUCUUCUGCAAAAUCUGGGGGGUUUGGGACAGAGUCUAGGCCUUUUGUUGCCCGGCCUCUCCCCUGCCCCAGCCCCAGAGCCGAAGAAGUAGAAUCUAGGAGGGCUUCUUCAUGACGACACCAGGCACUAAUGUGUCACGAUGCGGUGGAAUCAGGCGCUCGUCAUAAUUAUAUGGGCAUGCGGAGUUGUUGGUAGCAUUAUAAAGCCUGCUGAUUUACCUUGGUUUUGAUGAAAGAAAUUUAUACCCAUCUAUCUUGAAUAGAGGCCAGGAUCAUUCCUAUUGAAGUAGGUGGGGGUUUCCUAGUUUUAGAGGUAAAAUUAGCGAGAAAGUUGCCGCUAAAGUUUGGAGAAUUCCAAAGCUUGAGAGUCCUUGAAAACUGGAAAUUUACAUUAUUUGGUGCCUUUGGUCAACGUUUUUCCAGUAAAAAUGGACGUAAAUACUGCUGAGCCAAGAAGAUUCGAGAGAAAAAAAUGCCCAACGACCAGAAAAAUACUGUAACAGAUUUAAUCGAUUUCAUUAUUUUGACGAGCGCCUGAUUUUACCAAGAUGCCUCACAAAUUAUUAUGUUUAAAUGAAACACUGAUUUCAACAAUUCAUUUCAUGUGUUUGCAUUGGUGAUAGAUAUUCUGAAAAAAAUCCAACACACUUAUGUUUCAAUAAAACACUUGAUUUCAACAAUCCA